AUGUCCACUCCUAAUGCUGGGACUUCUGCUUCUCCUGCACCUCAGAAUAUAGGUUAUCCCUUUCUCCAAAGCCCGAACAAUCCCACAGGUGCGAUGAAUUUCCUUCCUCCAAAUCACCAACAUCCACAACAACAGCAACAACAACAACAUUUCAUGUCAACUAUAGAUAUGUCAACUGCUUCGCCUAUACCUGGUGCUUCAGGCGGUCAAGGUGAUCCUGGGCCUUCUUCAUUAGCUCAACAACAACAGCAGCAACAACAGGGGCAAGGUCAUUUUCGACCUAAUUUCCAACAAGGUGGAAUCACACCUCAGCAAAUGCAAAUGUUACAACAAUUCUCACAAGCUGCACAAAAUCAGAAUGGUGGUGUCGGUGGUGCGAUACAAAAUCGUCAAUUGACACCUCAACAGAUGCAGGUUGCUAUGGCUACCAUGCAAGCUCAACAACAAGGUGGUCAGAUGAAUCCCCAAGCUUUGAUGGCUGCCAUGAGAGCAAAUCAGCAAGGUCAAGGAAUGCAAGGCGGCGUGGGACAACAGGGGCAACAACAGCAACAACAGCAACAACAAUUUCAACGUCCUCCCAAUCAACAACAAAUGUCUAAUUUCAAUGCCAUGUUACAGCAACCUGUGGGCACCCCCGGUACUCCCAACCAACAGCAACCUAAUCCUGCUCAAAUUGCCUUUCAACAACAACGUUUGCAGCAGGUCAUGCAACAGGGUAUGCCUGUUCGUCCCAAUCCUGGAUCCCCUGUCCGACCGCAUCAACAACAACAAUCUGGGUCAAUGCCUCCCCCUCCUAUCCCUGGUCCUCAACAACAACAGCAACAACAGCAACUACAAGGUAGUCUCAAUCCGCAGCAGACACCAAAUUCCAAUGGUCCUCAACAGAUGGGUAAUGCAUCGCAAACAAAUCUCACUCCACAACAACAGCAAUUCCUCAUCAACCAGAGAAAUGCUCUUCUCUCUAAUCCUCAAUUUCUCGCUAUGCCGCUGCAGCAGCAACAAGCUUAUAUAGCUAGUCAGCAGCAACAAUUCCUUCGGAUGAUGGCAAACAACCAGCUGCAAGGUCAAGCUCAACAGCCACAACAGUCACAACAACAACCUAUGCAACAAGCUCAAACUCCAGGUCGGCCUAGUUCAUCGCAUGGCACUCCAGGACCCGCACAAAGCCCAAUUAUUACUCGUCAAGGUACACCUCAGCAAAUGAGUACGCCUCAAGCUCAACAGAUGGGAACACCUCAAUCGGCUCACGUGCAUACCCCUCAACAACCUCUUUCCAGUCUACCUCAACACAUGAACCCCCCUCGACCUACGUCCGCAGCUUCACAAAGAGCGCCUUCACCCCAUCAGACUAUCCAUGGGAUGCCCGGUUCCCCUGCUGUGAUGCAGCCAUCUCAGACACCUCCUCCACCUGGUACAAUGUAUCCAUCGAGUGGGUCUCAGCCCAUGAGCGCUCCUUCGCCGACACACUCAAACGUCUCACAUCACAGUCAAAAUCACACUCCUGCUCCCCCCAGCAUGUCGCAACCGCCACAUUCUUCUCCUCCUAUACAUGGCCGAUCGCAAACACCUUCUCAGCCUCAACAGACAGGUACACCUCAAUCAGGCCAUGCUGUCAGUCAAGUGGGAAUCAACGGUCAAUACCAGGGAAAUCAACAAUAUCAGCAGCAGCAAAUGCUGCAGCAGCAACAACAACAUCAACAAAACAUGGGUACUCCUCAACAGUCCGCUCAACCUUUUCCACACGUCUCCCAAGGUGGUAAUCAAAAUGGUCCGUCCAAUUCCCCUAUGCCUCAAGGCGCUUUUACUGUUCAACCCAUUGUGCCCACAUUGCAGAAUAUGACUCCAGCUCAGCAGCAGCAAAUGGCGUCAGCGAUGGGUUUCAUGAGUCAAGCUGCUCAGGCUCAACAGACACCUGCAUUUGGCGAUGGGUCGCAAAAUGUGAAACCAAAUCAACAGGGCCAUGGAGCUAGUUCUAGGAAAUCUUCGACUGGCACACAGAUGCCAAACAUCGAUACGUCGGAUUUCCCGUUUGAUCCGAGAUUGUUGCCGAUGAUCCAACAUCUGAACAACGCCGACUGGAGAGCGAACGUACAGGCUCAAAAUCCUCAGCUACUCGUUGCCGUUCAAUCAGCUAAUAGCAUCUUUCAUACUUUACGUCCAGAUGUGGUACAACGGAUGCAAAACUACUUGUUUCACUCAGCGAAAGUACAAGCGGCUCAACAAGCUGUUCGACCGCCAUCUCAAGGCCAAAUACCAGGUCAACAACCACAGUCAUCCGGAGUACCUGGCUUUUCACCGAAUAUGGGUCAAGCUGGAACGCCUGGAGCAAUACCUCCUAAUCAGCAACAAAGAAUUUGGCAAGCUCAGCAGGCCGCUCAAGCGCAAGGUUCGCCAGCGUCAGUCAGUAGCUCAAGUCCAAGCGUUCGACCACCUCCACCUCACUUGCCUCCAGCUUCCAACAUGCCCGGAUCGCCCUCUCCUCGUAAUGUAUCCCUUGACCGACGUACUUCUGGUUCAGGGAAGGAUAAAUCUGGCAAAGACAAAACACCUCAACAAGCAUCAAUGCCACCACCUAAUUUCAUUCCUACCCAUUCUGUUGGUCCACCUCGACCACCUCCUUAUAUUCCAUCUGAAGCUACGUCAGCUCCUCAACCCAACACACUUGUUUCUGCUCCUAUUCUUGGUCAUGGAUCUCGUCUACCAAGCCACGGUCUGCCAGUAAAGGAAUGGGAAGAUGCCUUACGUCUUGAUUUGCCAAUCACGAAUAUCACUCAUUUACCAAUAAAUGAGAUUGAUGAAUCCGAAGAUCCAACUUUCAAGGGCGCCUUACCGCCUAUGACAAAGUACGAAACGAAUCAAGUGAAACAAUGGUUGGAAAAAGAUAAACAAUUCAUCACAUUUGAAAGAGAAAAUCAGGGUAAACGUAUGGCGAAAAUGAAAAAGUGGGCAGAAGAAAAUGACAAGUCAACACCUUGGUGGAUGCUACGUAAAGGUGAAACUAGGAAUCUACCCUCCCAAAGAUUGCGGAUCCUUUGGCCCGCAGAAAAGGACAAAGACAGAGCUGAGCGAACUCAUAAAGGUAGAAAACAGAUCAAGUUCUCACCAGCUCAACUUAAAUCAAUGGCCGAAGUUGAAGAUCAUAUUGUUCCCGUGAGAUUGGACCUGGAACACGAUUCAUAUAAACUGAAAGAUACCUUCAUGUGGAAUUGUGCUGAUAAAGUGGUAACACCUGAAAUAUUCGCUCAAUCCAUGUGUGAUGAUUUUGCUGUUCCACCUCAACAUUUCUUAUCCAAAAUCGUAACUGCAAUUCAAGAGCGUGUACAAGAAUAUCAAGACCAAGUGUUACCUAUCAUUCAACGUCGCCCCAAAGAGGACAAUAGAGGUAAAUUGAAUUCUGAAGGUGAUUCAGAUACACUCGCUAUGAUCGAAAUAUUCAGGAAAGUCAGAGAAGGUAGUAUUUUAGAAGAAGAAAUUAAGACUGAUCCUGGCAUGGAAGAAAAUCGUGAUGAAGAGAUCAAAAUUGUUUCCCUUGACGAUAUAAACGGAGAGGAGUCAAAUCAUGAUGAUGACCUUAACCGUGACGAAGCGUUGAUCGUGGAAGAAAAGCCUAUGACUGUUGAAGAAGCUAUGCAGAAUCUACCUAAAGAAGAAAUGGAGGAAUUGAGAAUUCUAAUAAAGGUCGAUAUCAUUAUUGGGACACAGAACCUGUCUGAUAGUUUUGAAUGGGAUCUAAACUCUACAGUUAGCCCCGAGGAAUUUGCUAUUUCUUAUGUGACUGAAUUAGGGUUGAGUAAGGAAUUUGCUACCGCACUCGCACAUGACAUUCACGAGCAGAUUUUAGUUCACAAGCGAUCCCUGUUCCUUGUUGGCCACAGUUUCGGCUCUGGUCUUAUCUUAGACGAUGAAGUUCGACUGGCCUUUUUAGCUCCUGUCACGAUACCUCUGCGGAAAGAAGAUUUGGCCAUGUCUUUGUACACUCCUAUCUUCAAUGAACUUCGAGAAGACCAACUUGCAGUGAUUGAAGCUCAAAGGGAGAAAGAAUCCAAGAGGAAAAAGAGAGCUGGGCGAGCCCGAAGAGGAAUUGUUUUGCCUGAUCGAGAUCCCAUUAAAACUCAGCGAUCAUUACUCAAUCCACUUGGACCCAACGGAUUACCAGUCUUCUCCGCGCCUGAAUUAGCAUCCACCAAAGACUCGGCACCACUGCAUCGAAGGCGUGGAGCUGCGAUUGCUGCGGAAGCAAACAUGGCUCUGAUAGCUCAAGAUUUACCUCUGACUGGACCGCCUUCGCCCGCUCAUAAUCACCAUGGACCCACAAUAUCUGCAAAAGGUAAAAGAAUAGGUAGACCACCUAAAAAUCUAUCUAGAGCAAGCCCAGCUUCUUUCAGAGAAAAUUCAGCUUCAAUCCAUGAUAUUCAUCCAAGCCAUCCAAACCAUCAAUCAUUCUUAAACACACCUUCAAUGUCACAUAUAGGAAUUAAAAGAUCUUUCAGAGAAGAUUCAAUGGAUGAUUUCAACUCGACCACUCACAGUCCUAUACCUUCAUCUCAAGGUAGAAAAAGAAUCAACCAUUCUAGAAUCCCUGAUUCACCUGAAACUGACAUUCAAACGGCAACUCAUACUCCUAUAAAAGAAAACAAUGGCACAACCCCUUUACCGUCCAUCAAUGAAAUAGCAGUGGAGAAGAAAAGGGAAUUCGUUGAUCAUGAUCAACAUGAUGUUGACGAUAAACCUCAAAUCAAAGAUGGAAUUGCAUUAUCAAAUUGGCAGACUUCGUUAUCAUCGUCGUCUUCGAGACAAAUGCAAUCGGGUACACCAACAUUAACAUCACCUAUAAAGCAGACUGGUCAUGACAAGCUCAAAUCUCAUUCAGGUCAUGAUAGUAGUGAUUCUUCAGAUCAAGAUGACGAUGAUGAAGACGAAGACGAUGACGAUGAUAAUGAAUCAGAUUCGACAUUCGCAAGUUCAAGAGGUAAAAACAAUAAAAGGAAGAAAUCUUUUGAAUCAGGUUCUCAGAGAAGUAAUAAUAAACAACAAGGGCAAGGUAGAAACGAUACUCAGACUCCUGCGAGAAGUUCCGUUGUUCCUCCUGGUAAAUCUCCUAUCGUAGGUAUCUCGCCCGGAUCGGGGUUAGGCAAAAAAUCAAUAGAGAUCCCCCAAUGGGCUUCAAAAGCAUUAUCUGAUAUGAAAAGUAAAUAUCCAAGAGACGAUUUUGCAAUAGUGCAAAAACCACGUCCUGCAGAUCAUGUAAAUGAUUUGGUAGAGUGGAGAGCUAAAUGUAUCGAUUGCCCCGGUAGGAUAUACUCUCUUGGUCCAGGUGAAACAUUACAAAAUUUCGAAGUUCAUCUCAAGAAUAGAGCUCAUAUAGCAAAUCGAUUAACUAGAGAAGGUAAAACUCAUUAA